UCACUCAAGUAUUUCGGUGAGCUCUUGUGUGAAUAUAUUGACAGAAUAACAGAAUAUUGACAGAAAUAUGCUGUGGUGCGGAGUCUUAGCAGUUUCUGUGGCGUUCGCCGCUGCAGCCCCUCAGCCCUACAAUGUGCUGGAGCUGGACCUCACCCCCGAGGAGGCGCAGAAGUACCUCAGCCAGCCCCCCUUCAACACCCCCCAGCUUUCUGGACGCACCGCUGUACUGCCACUGAUUAGGUUCAACGACCCGCGGUUCCGAUCAGGCGAGUCCGGUCCCACCAACGGACACUACUGGAAGAACGGCAAAGAGAUCGAGAAUACAGACGACUAUGUUGAAGAGGUAUACGACGCCAGCCAGUUCCACGGACAAGACGGUUUGGGAGCAUACGCGUACGGCUACGAGACUCCUGAAUCCGCCAAGGUGGAAAACCGCGAGCGAGCUGGCAACGUGGCCGGAGAGUACACCUACAGAGCUGGACCUGGGAACGACCUAAUCAAGGUCCGUUACUGGGCCGACAGCCAGGGCUUCCACCAAGAAGACAACCUGCCCAAGGUAGUGCUGAAACCCCAGGAGGAGGCCGAGGACGUGAGGCAGGCGCGCCUCGCACACGAGAAGGCCUGGCAGGAGGCCGCCGCUGCCUCCAGGAAACAACCUGACCCGCAGGGCGACUACUACCCUCAAUACCAAGCAUCGGCGUCCCAGAAUCAGGCCUCAUACGCCAACCCGCUGCCGGCGCUACCGUCAUACAUCAAGGCCGUGCAGCCCGACGCGGCCGCAUCAGAGCAGCAGGCGGCGUACGUCAGGCCGAAUCAGACCCCUACUCAGUAUAGUGCUGACCAACAGUACUAUACCACACCGGAGCCGGAGCCUACUGGUCCCCCACGUGGUUUCUUCUACAGUUUCAACUACCCCGUGUCCAUCAUCGUGCCCAAGAACGAGCUCAACCAGGCCGGACACCCCGUAGACCACGACACCGUCGCGCACGGCCAACUCAAUUAUAACAUCUAAAUGUAUUCACGUAGGGGCUAAGUUUCUAUGCCAAUGUUAUUCAAAGAUGGCAAAUGUAAAAUUUGAAACUACAUCAUAAACUACAAUUAAAUAUUAGAUUGCCAUACGGGUAAAUGUAGUAAGACAAAAAUUAAGUUAAAAAAUUACCAUCAGAAGACCACAAGCGUUGCGAAUAUCGCCUACAAUUAGGCGAUCCAUUUGCUCAUUUACUCCCUAUAAUCAGUAAAAGCCAAUGUGAUUAUGAUUGCCAUUAAAAUGUAGUUUAAGUGAGUCAUUUAUAUGCAUUACUUAGGUUUUACUUUCUUAUACAGGAUGUUUAAUUUUAACUCGAACACUUAGGCUACGUGACGUCCAUACCAAUUUCUUAGACGAGUGUUUGAUAGUGUAACAGUUUUGAUGCUUGCAAAUAUCAAUAACUAGAUUUUGCUUGCUUCAACUUACAAACAAGUACAUUUAGUUACUUAUCAAAAAUUGUUAAGCUCUUGAACACUAGUCUUUACCGUCUAUUAAAAUUAUACCAGUGAAUAUUUUUAUGGAAACUAUUUUUAAAUAAAAUAUUUGCUAUA